UUGGUAUGGUCACAACUCCGUCACUAACUCGAAAAAGCCCCUUCUUCCUCUUCACUUUACGAAUUUUCCUCACUUUAUUCCCUCCCCCCUCCAUCCCUCCUUCCCCUUCCUCUUCCCCAUAAAGAAUCUCUCUCUCUCUCUCUCUCUCUCUCUCGUAAAACGAUUUCCACUGAGACGCCAUUGAGAAUGACAACCGAUCUCUCUCCUCUCGCCCCUGUUCGAUCAUAAGGCGAGCCCCAACAGAUUCCGCCACUUCCAGAUCUCUGCUCCAUCGGUUGUUGGUCAGAGUUGAAUCGCCGUGCUUCUCCCUCGGAUGGCGACCCUGCAGAGGUUCAAGCUGCUGGCGACGCAGUGCGCCGUCGCACCCAGCCCGACCCGGAGCCCGGCCGCCAGCCCCGUCAUCCACCUGCGCCGCCGAAAGACCCUCCGCAUGCUCCUCGGCCGCACCGAUCGCCGUAAAUUCCAGCGCACCGACCCCCCGGUCCCCCGACGAGAUGGCCCGGCUCCGGAGCGUUCGCGGGAAUUCAGGGUGCGGCACAAAUUGAAGGAUUUGUUCGUCUCCUCACCCCCGCCGCUCGAGGGCGGAACUUCGGGGAAAACGUGCGAAGACCGCGACCACUUGCUGACGGAAUCUCCUAGUAGUGAGGCCGCCGGGGAGUUAUCGGCUCCCCGCCGUGUUAGUGGCCCGCUGCGGCCGCUCUCGGCGGCUCUCCGGUACCGGCUGCUGAGGAAGGCCUGGCGACCGGUUCUCGGAGCAAUCCCCGAGUAGUACUGUGAGAUAAUAAUAAUACUACUAGGUUAUAUUUUAUUUUCCUAAAUUUUCCCUCAAAUUAUGGUUUUUGGACCAAAAAAAAUUGUUUUCCUGAGUGAAUUAAUGUAAAUCUAUUAACUAAUUUUGUUGUAACUGCCGAACAAAAGUCUACGAGGCGUGAAGUCUACGGCUGCCGAUUGGGCUUGGUGGCACAAUUUGAAUAGUUUUAACAAUAAUGAAUUGGAUUGAAUUUCCAAUUUUUUAAA